AUGGGCGUCCUAAAGGCCGCGGACGGCCACCAGCCCCAGACCAAAACCCUCGUCGGCACAGCCCUGGCCUUCCUCGCAGCACACUGGGCUCUCGCCCUCGUCGGCGCCCUCGUCGUCCGGGCGCUGUACAAGCGCUAUGCCUCUCCCCUGCGCAAAUACCCAGGGCCUUUCCUCGCCUCCGUCACGCGCCUCUGGAAGGUCAAGUCGACGGCAUCCGGGCGCACCCACCUAGAGCACAUCGAGCUACACCGCAAGUACGGCCCCGUGGUGCGCAUCGCGCCCAACGAGGUGUCAGUGUCGUCGCCCGAGGCGGCGCGCACGCUGCUCAGCGCGGGCAAGCGCUUCUUCAAGACGCCCUUCUACGGCGUCUUCCCGCCGCCCGAGAACCCGGACAUCUUCACCGAGACGCGCGAGGACGUGCACGCGACCAAGAAGCGCGUCGCCAACGUGCCCUACAGCAUGGCCGCCAUGCAGCAGCUGAGCCCCUUCAUCAACGACACGAUCGAGCUGCUGGUCCGCAAGAUCGACGAGCACAUCGCCGCGAACCGCGGGGUGUUCGACCUGGGCGACUACCUGCACUACUUCGCCUUUGAUGUGCUCGGCGAGGUGGCCUUCAGCCGGAGCUUCGGCUUCCUGGCCGAGGGGCGAGACGUGGAUAACGCCAUCAAGACAAUCGACAACUCGCAGAUGUAUAACGGCAUUGUGGGCCAGGUGCCGGAGCUGGACCACCUGUUGCGGAGGAACCCGCUGUGGCAGUACAUCCCCUGGUUGAGCACCAAGAACGCGCUGAUCACGAGGAUGGCGCUGGAGGAGAUGGCGAGGCGGCAGCCGUUUGAUAAGGACAAUGCCGGGCUGUUGCGGACGGGGGACGGCAGGCAGGAUCUCAUGGCCAGUUUGAUCCAGGGCCAUCUGAAGGACCCGGAGCGGUUCAGGGAAGGCGAUGUCUUUGCUGUGGCGCAUGGUGCGAUCUUCGCCGGCUCCGACUCAACGGCCUCGACGAUGCAGUCCUUCUUCUGGCACGCGCUCGACGACCGGCGCGUGUACAACAACAUCGUGCGCGAGCUCGAGGAGGCCGUCCGGGCGGGCACGAUUCCCGCCGACGGCAACCUCUCGUGGAACCAGUCGCAGAACCUGGCGUACCUGCAGGCCUGCCUCAAGGAGGCCAUGCGCGUGCGCCCGGCCGUCGGGCUCAACAUCACCCGGCUCGUCCCGCCCGAGGGCGCCGAGCUGGACGGCCACUUCUUCCCCGGCGGCGUGUCGGUCGCCUGCAACGGCUGGGUGUUGCACCGCGACAGGGACAUCUUCGGGCAGGACGCCGACGACUUCCGCCCGGAGCGGUGGCUGGAGGAUGAGGAGCGCGCGAGAAGGAUGGAGCGGUAUAUGUUCCAGUUCGGCGGCGGCAGCCACCUGUGCAUUGGCCGGAACCUUGCCCUCCUGGAGAUCAACAAGGUGGUCCCCAGGCUGCUGCGCGACUACAGGUUCGAGCUCGCCCAUCCGGGGCGCCCUCUCAAAGCCAACGCGUCGUUCUUCGUCGUCCAGUCAGGGCUGGAGGUGUAUAUUAGGAAAGCAUAG